CGAACACAUUGGUUCCGGUUCCUACCGUGGUAUUUAGCGCACGCGUUCUUCCGGGCACGUUAUUGUUGCAUCAGCAUCCAACCAUCCAACACUGUGGCAAUGUCGACCUCAGGAGAGCCAGCCUUUGAGUAUGGCUUCUUGCUACAGAUAAAUGAGGAGGCUGCGCUGGCAGUGGCCCUGAAUGACUACCUAACCUCACGCAGCUACCUGGCUGGGUUCUGCCCCUCCCAGGCCGACCAGAAAGUCUUUAAGCUCCUCCACAGGCCCCCAGACCUGCAACAUGUCCACGCACUGCGCUGGUAUAGACACAUAGCAGCCCUGCAGCAGGACCUCAACCCUGAGAGCAGCAUGAAAGGAAAGCGGGUUCAGCCCCCUUGGUCUCCACCAGCAGGAACAGAUGUUCCCCAACUUCGCCUCUACAACAGCCUGACAAGAGCAAAGGAGCUGUUCGUUCCUCAGAAAGGGAACAAAGUUACAUGGUACAGCUGUGGCCCUACAGUGUAUGAUGCCUCACACAUGGGACAUGCAAGAUCCUACAUAUCUUUUGAUAUUCUGCGAAGGAUACUGAGGGAUUACUUUAAGUAUGAUAUCUUCUACUGCAUGAACAUCACAGACAUAGAUGACAAAAUCAUUAAAAGGGCCCGGCAGAACUACCUCCUGGACCAGUACAAGGAGAAGCAGCCGCAAGCUGCGCAAAUACUGCAGGAUGUCCUGAGUGCCAGAGGGCCGUUUCAGGCCCACUUGGCUUCGACGACAGACCCAGAUAAGAAGGUGAUGCUGGAGAGGCUGGACGCUGCAGUUACAGCCGCUCUGCAGCCCCUGCAGGCAGCGAUGGAGGGCAAUGCAGCAGAUGAGGUCGUACAACCUCUGGCCCAGACGCUGUUGGAGAGCUCCAAGGACUUGCUGGCUGAUUGGUUGGACAAGCAGUUUGGAAGUCAAGUCACAGAGAAUUCAAUCUUCUCCAUUCUUCCUAAAUAUUGGGAGGGAGAGUACCAUAAAGACAUGGAAGCCCUGAACGUUCUUCCUCCAGACGUCCUCACUCGAGUCAGUGAAUACGUGCCAGAGAUUGUGGAGUUUGUGAAGAAGGUUGUCUCAAAUGGUUACGGGUAUGAAUCAAACGGUUCUGUGUACUUUGACACCUCGAAGUUUGAUGCCAGUCCGCAGCACUCGUAUGCCAAACUGGUGCCAGAGGCAGUCGGAGAUCAGAAAGCUUUACAAGAGGGAGAAGGUGACCUGAGCAUCUCUGCUGACAGAUUAGGUGAGAAAAAGUCCCCCAAUGACUUUGCCUUGUGGAAAGCCUCCAAGCCCGGAGAGCCUUCAUGGGACUCUCCGUGGGGGAAGGGAAGGCCUGGCUGGCAUAUUGAAUGUUCGGCCAUGGCUGGCUCUAUCUUGGGACAGUCCAUGGACAUCCAUGGUGGGGGGUUUGAUCUCCGAUUCCCCCAUCACGACAACGAGUUGGCUCAGUCUGAGGCUUUCUUUGAGAAUGAUUACUGGGUCAGAUACUUCCUGCACACCGGACACCUGACGAUCGCAGGCUGCAAGAUGUCAAAAUCUCUGAAGAAUUUCAUCACUAUUAAGGACGCGUUGGCAAAGAACACAGCUCGACAGCUCCGUCUGGCUUUCUUGAUGCAUUCCUGGAAAGACACCCUGGACUACUCUUCCAACACCAUGGAGUCAGCCGUCCAGUACGAGAAGUUCAUGAAUGAGUUCUUCCUGAAUGUGAAAGACAUACUGCGCAUUCCUACUGACAUCACCGGUCGGUUUGAGAAGUGGGAGGCUGCAGAGAUGGAGCUUAACAACAGUUUCUACGACAGGAAGUCUGCCGUCCACGAGGCUCUGUGUGACAAUGUGGAUACUCGCACCGCCAUGGAGGAGAUGCGAGUGCUGGUCAGCCAGAGCAACAGCUACAUCGCCAGCAAGAAGAGCGCCAAGCAGAGGCCCAACCGCAUGCUGGUGGAAAGUGUCGCUGCGUAUCUCACCAACAUGCUGAAGAUAUUUGGUGCCAUUGAAGAAUCGGAGUCCAUCGGUUUCCCAGUGAGAGGACAAAGUCAGAACAUUGACCUGGAGAGCACAGUGAUGCCGUACCUCGCGGUGCUGUCAGAUUUCAGAGAGGGCAUCCGAAAAAUUGCCCGCGAGCAGAAAGUGACGGAGUUGCUGCAACUGUGUGAUGUCGUCCGUGAUGAUACGUUACCGGAGCUGGGAGUCCGACUGGAAGAUCAUGAAGGCCUGCCUACAGUGGUGAAACUGGUGGACAAGGAGACAUUACUGAAGGAGCGAGAGGAGAAGAAGAAGAUGGAAGAAGAGAAGAAAAAGAAGAAGGAAGAGGCUGCCAUGAAGAAACAAGAACAAGAGAUGGCUAAACUCGCAAAGAUGAAGGUCCCUCCGUGCGAAAUGUUUCUCACAGAAAGCGACAAGUAUUCCAAAUUUGAUGAAACGGGUUUCCCCACUCAUGAUGGUGAAGGGAAGGAGUUGAGCAAAGGACAAGCCAAGAAGCUGCGCAAGCUCUACGAGGCCCAGGAAAAAUUACACAAUGAGUAUCUUCAGAUGAACCAAAAUGGCAACUGAUUCUGUUUCCAAACAGUCCGAGCCAUCCACUCGACAGAAUAAACGUUAAGGCCAGAGAUGCCGGGUCAUCGUUUGUUUCCUGUUAAUCUGUUUCGGAUCAGAAAACAACACGCAAACAACUGCAAGUGAUUUUUUUUUCUCUCAGUGAAUUUCAGAAUGACGGUUAAAAUUGACAUUUUAUAACCAAAGUCCAUGCAUCAUUUUUCAAAAUGGGGCGGGGGGGGGUCGGAGAGAACCACCACUGAAAGAGACUUCCUCCUUGUUGUGUUUGCGUCCCGCCGUCUCUCCACAACAGUAAAAACAAGGCAAUAAGUGAAGUGAGGAUUAAUGAUGUGUGUAGCAGAGUGCUAAUGAGUCUCUGUUAGCACUCUGCUAACCCUGUCUUCAAAUGAUUUAUACAUUAAUUAUGUUUUUGCCUGAAACUCACAGAUUUUUUUUUUACUGUAUGAUUUAACUUUGAGUUUUAAAAUUAUCUACAAAUUAAAGACAUUGGGAUACACCUACAGAUGUGUAACAAAUUAAAAGUUGAAGUGUGUUAGGAAGAUGUCGUUCCACCACGAGCCUCUAGAACAGCUUCAGUGCUCCUGAUUCUCCAAGUGUGUGACUCAUGAACAUCAUCUUUCCAAGAGAUAAUCCCUCACUUGGUGCUUUGAUGUCCAAAAUCUCCCAUGGGUGUUGAGUUGGGUUGAGAUGUGGUGACUGUGAAGCCUCUAGCAAUAAGUCCCAUUAGUUUCAUACUCAUCAAGUUGUUUCUCCACUCAUUUGGAAUUGGCUGAAGGCACUAGGGCAGCAACUAACAAUUGUUUUCAUUAUCGAUUUAUCAAUCUGCAAAUUAUUUUCUCGAUUAAUCGUUUCGUCUAUACAAUUUGGAAAGAAAAUAGUGAAAAAUGCACGUGAUACUUUCCCACAACCUAAGGAGAUGUAUUCAGAUUGCUUGUUUUAUUUGAUCAACAGUCCAGAACGCAAAGAUAUUCAUCAUAAAUGACAAACAAAAGCAUCAAAUUCUCACAUCUGAGAAAGUGGAACCAGCAAAUGUUUGGCACUUUUGCUCGAAAAAUUACUAAAACAAUCGAUUAUCAGAUUGUUUGUGGAUCGAUUAGUCGACUAAUUGUUGCAGCUCUAGAAGGCACCAGUUAAAUAAAAAUCAAUAUUGGACCAAUACUGUUUUUACUGCCAUAGUUUCACCCACUGUGGAGCUGGCAUUUUUGUGAAUGUUUUUUUUUUUUUUUUUUUUUUUUUUUUUUUUUCUGGGAAUGUGUCACUUUAUACAACCAUUAAAUUAGCAACUGAAUAAAAAGUAUCAUGAACUUUUUCUUAAAAUCACCUUCAGUUAGGUUAACCUGUUCAUCUUAACCCUAAGCUGCCAUAAAACUUUGUUUCAUUCCACUGAGAUUUCCCAGCUACUGUAUGAAAGAUCCUCUGUACUUAUUAACUAUAUUUAAGGUAAUUCAGUACUUUCUUCCACAAAUUUGCAUCAAUCUUAAGUGUUUUUGGGUCAUUCCUCAUUUCAGUUACAUAUUUGGCAAGUUUACUGGAUUUGUACAAUCUUCAAGGAUAAGGCUGCUGCUGUUUUUGUAUUUUUGUUGUCAUCAAAUCCCAUGAAAAGACCAAAACCAACAAUGCAUUACUUUCCCACCUCCCUACUCUGUCUGUGGCUCUCAGCUCCGAACCCUUUGGUUCCUACUGGAGAUGCAAAUCUCUCACAAAUAUAUAGUUCUAGUUUCAAAAGGUUCAGCAAAAAAAAACAGCUGGACGCUAGUUUCUAUCGAACGUUACUCAAAUAGGAGGAAAUACUGCAUUUGUUGGGGACUAUUUUCAGUGGUGGAUUAAUACGUAUUUGGUGCUGUAGUGAGUCAAUGGAGCUCUAUUGCGCAGAGGAAUAAGAUAAAUCAGACAACUCUUGUUUGUAGCAUCAAUUCAUUGUUGGUUUUGAUCUUUUCAUGGGAUUUGUUGACAAUAAUAAAAAUAUAGAAUAAUUCCAGAGUUAUGAUUUAAAUCUGGGCUGCUGUUUUCUCAUCAUAUUGGAAAAUAUAACUGCUUAAACCCUCUGUUGGUGUGAACUCUCAUGGCUUGAGUGGAACCACAUGAAGAGGAGCUUUUUAUUAUUCAACCGUCCAUCAGGGUCGUAUUUUUGUACUGUUUUAUGUAUUGCAAUUUCAUGGUUAUGUGAAGGCAUAGCUGCAGUAACGCUUUCAGAAGAUGCUCAAAUAAAGACCUGCUGAUUUCCUGUCAAGAAAUAAAAUUGGUCGUCUUUGUGAA